AUGCAUGUUCUUAGUCUUGGUGGGAAGUUCGGUUUACCUUUUGACAAUAGGAGUAAAUAUGAUAAGAACAAAUUAGUGUUGGAGGUUUUAAAGAGUUUUGAGAGUGCUGGUCUGCGUUUGUCUGACGAUGUUAUUAAUGAGACACGGAUCCGGGUCUCUAAUUGCGUACAUAAGUUUGUUAACAAAAAACAACGGUUCAAUUCUGUUGAACAGUACAUAGGUAGAGCUUUUAUUUGCUGCAAACAAUUUUUGAAAGAAAACAAUGACUUAAUGGUCACUAAGGCGGACAAGGGACAGGUCACUGUAAUUAUGGACAGGAAUCAUUAUAUCGCGCAAAUGAGGCGUAUGUUGGAGGACGAAACCACGUAUUUAAGAUUAAACAAAGAUCCCUCCAAAUGGGUUGCUAAUAGAAUUCAGGAUUUAGUUAAGGGUUGGCUUGCACUUGGUAUAAUAGACGAUCGCACGUAUGGGUACUUGCGCACUACGAACGGUAACAUUCCGCGUUGUUACGGACUGCCGAAGGUGCAUAAACCGGGGGUUCCUUUACGGUUAAUUGUCUCUGCGGUGGGUAGUCCUAUAUAUAGUGUGGUGUCUUUCCUCCAUCGUGUGCUUGCGGACUCGAUUUCUAAACCUGAUUCCUACGUAAAGGAUAGUUGGAACUUUGUCAGCGAGAUUGUUGGUACAACCAUUGAGCCACAUGAAUCAAUGGUUUCCUUCGAUGUCGUGUCUCUUUUUACCAAUGUUCCGAGUGAGUUGGUUAUGCGGACUAUAAGAAAUAGGUGGCAUUUGAUUGAGCCUACUACCAAAUUUUCUCUUGACCAAUUUUUGCACGCGAUUAACGUAAUUUUGACUUCGACUAGCUUUGCGUUUGACGGACAAUUUUUUGACCAGAUUUUCGGCAGUCCUAUGGGUUCGCCGUUGUCACCGAUUUUAGCUGACAUUGUUUUAGAUGAUCUUAAGAUGAGUUGCUUUCCGAGGUUUGAUUUUAAGAUACAAAUUUUCAAAAGGUAUGUUGAUGACAUUUUUACGGUCAUACCUACUGAUAGGAUUAACGACGUACUGGUGGCUUUUAAUAAUUACCAUCCCAGAUUGUGUUUUACUGUGGAAAUGGAAAGCAAUAACUCUCUCAACUUCUUAGACACUACAAUCAUUCGCGACAAUGGGACCCUUAUUCCGAAUUGGUACCGGAAACCUACCUUUUCGGGUCGAUAUGUUAACUUUCACGCCAGUAAUCCGUUACAACAUAAGGUCAGUGUUGUCACGGGUCUGGUUGACCGUGCUGUUUUAUUGUCGGACAGAAGAUUCCACCAUACGAAUAUCGAACUUGUAAAGUCGAUUCUGUUGAACAAUUGUUAUCCUCGUGAGUUUGUUAAUCGACACAUUGCGAUCCGUUUGAGAAGAUUGAGAUACUGGGAUGUUCGUGACAAUGAUGGAGAGAUAACUGUGCCUAACAACAAUGAAAGAAAAAAGGGGUUUAUAGCUAUACCAUAUGUCAAGGGAAUUAGUGAGCAAUUGCGUAGAAUUUACAUGAGUUGUGAUCUUCGAGUAGCCUGUACUGUCUUCAGCAAGUUGGACCGUUUAAUCAAACUUGGUAAGGACAUGCUUUCGAGAGACAAAAAAACUAACGUUGUAUACAGGAUUAAAUGCAACGCUUGCAACGCAUGUUACGUAGGUCAGACUAAGCGACACUUGUCUGUGCGAAUUGGUGAGCAUAGGUCCAAUAUAAAGAAAAGCGAGGGUGAUUGGUCUGUGGUUAGUAGACAUCGUGUUGACAAUGACCAUGAUUUCGACUGGGCGCAUGUUGAUAUUUUACACCAAGAAAAACAUUUGCGUAAGCGGGAGGUUGCCGAGAUGAUAUUGAUUAAGAAACAUGAUAAUACCAUUAAUUUGCAGAAGGAUACUGAUUCACUACCCGGUAUAUAUGAUCAGAUUCUGAUAAACAUCUCGGUGCCACCUUGA